UCUCUAGAAACCACGUGACUUGGAAGGUUUGCUACGAGUCCAUCAUCAGUGUCCUGAAUCAAUGCUGUUGUAGUUUAGACGCGGUCAGAAGCGACAUCAGUAUGAGGAAUAAUACCUUCCUUUUUGGGGUUUUAUUACUCGUGAACGGUGUGUUUGGUGUUGAAGCAGAUGAAGUGUCAGUGUCAGUGAUGGAGGGAGAUUAUCUCACUCUAAACACUGAUAUUACUGAAGUACCGAGAGAUAGUAAGAUAAUAUGGAAGUUUGGUGAUGAAAUCAUUGCUAGAAUGAAUGAAGCAGAUGGACAUCCCUCUACAUAUGAUGGUCCCGGUGCGAUAUUCAAAGACAGACUGAAGCUGGACAGACAGACUGGAUCUCUGACCAUCACAAACAUCAGAACUGAACACAUUGGACAUUAUAGUGUAGACAUCAAGAGCAUAGAUGCAAAAUUGAAGACAUUCCAAGUUACUGUCCAUGAUGAUGUGCAGUCAGUGUCAGUGAUGGAGGGAGAUUCUGUCACUCUACACACUGGUGUUACGGAAGUAAAGGGAGAUGAUCAGAUACUGUGGAAGUUUGAAGAUCAAGUCAUCCGCAUUGAUCGCUUAAACAGCGCUGCUGACUCGAGAUGGAGUAGGCCUAACAUUCAUCUGAACGAUCAAACCCGAGAGCUCACCAUCAGAAACAUCCGAAGAGAUCAGUCUGGAGAUUAUAAAGUGGAGAUCAACACCAGCAGUAUGAUUUUACACAGAAAAUUACGUAUUAAUAUCAGUGGUGAGUAGAUUAAACU